CAGAGUAAAGUCAAAUUACAAAGUUGCGCAAAGUAUAACAUACAUAAACUUAAUUAAACAUUUCAGCCAGCAACAGCCUCAAGAGCUGCUGCACAACCACCGGGAAUGUCUUCAGUUGGGCACGUGUAGUUUUGGUCCGCGGGGUCGAGCAGCGUACGCAUUGCGCACAGAAACCAAGGUGCAGCGUCUCUGUAACAUCGCUAACAUAUCCGGACAUUUUCGGGCUCUUGAUGCCGCGCUGCGCGGCUAGGUUCGGCGCCCGGCUUCACGUACUCGACCCACGAUUGUUCCAGUCGGGCUGCUUCCCCCGCUGCGGCUGCGCCUUUAACGACAGCGACGUGACGCCCGAGCGCAUGGGAGCUGCCGUAGAUGGUGUGGCCCCAGUCAGGGAUCAUCUGUGCGAUCCUGCAGAGUGGGGUUCCUGGUUUAUGAGGCACUAUGCCUGCUCCGGAAGCAUCGAGAGAAAAGCCUACUUCAUGAAGCAGUUCGAGAAUGGGCUUCAGGAUGGCAGCCUCGCAGACAUUACGAAGACGUGGAUAGAUGACAAGGAGAAGGAGCAGGCGAAGGAGCAGGAGAAGGCGAAGGAGCAGGGGAAGGAGAAGGAGAUUCAAAAGAAUGCUAAGUGUGUAUGGUGGCAGAUGGCAUCAGAAAGACCAUGCCGAUAUCAAGGUGUGUUCCAGCAGCACAGCUCAGCGGCUGUCUCUGGGAAUACGAAUGGCAGCGUGCAUACGGACAAUGUGGAGUGCGUGGUCAUAGGCGCAGGUAUGCCCCCAGCUGGCAUACUCCCUAUCGGACACCUACAGCCCCCUCAGUAUCCCCUUCUUUGGCCCUUCUCCUUUCUUUCACUCGCUCAAUGGUGUCCUCUGACCCGCUUUGGCGCUACGGCUAUGGCCUCUGCGCUGCACGCCGAUGAUGUUCCUCCAAUUGGCGACACGCCUGUCUGUCCGCCUGUCUUGCUGGCUGGUUGGCGGUUCGCGGGCGGCGGCAUCGGUUCAGGGGUCAUCGGUCUAGCAAUUGCUCGUGCACUGGCGCGGCGUGGUCGUGAGGUGGUGGUAGUGGAGGCCGCAGGGGCCAUCGGCACGGAGACCAGCUCCCGGCACAGCGAGGUCAUCCACGCGGGCAUCUACUACCCUCACGGCAGCCUCAAAGCGCGCAUGUGUGUGGAGGGCAAGGCACGACUGUACGACUUCUGCCGUACGCACAACGUGCCGUACAAGAACAUCACCAAGCUGAUCGUUGCCACCACAAAAGAGCAGCUGCCGGAGCUGGUUUCCUUCCAGGCUACUGCUGCGCGCCACGGAGUACCCGACUUACAGCCCCUUAGCGGUGCGGAGGCCCGGGGCCUGGAACCCGCACUGGCGUGCCAAGGGGCGCUGUUGUCCCCCUCCACCGGCAUCCUGGACAGUCACACUUACAUGGCGGCGCUGCUAGCGGACGCUGAAUCGCACGGAGCUGUCCUGGCGCUCAACACACGAGUGGGUAACUACUUUUCGCUGUCGGUCCGCGCUCCCUUCAGCCGCCUCAUCUACCCCAUGCCGGAGCGCGGCCUGGCGGGGCUCGGCACGCACCUCACUUUGGACAUGGCUGGCGGGGUGCGGUUCGGUCCGGACGUGGAGUGGCUGCCGGGACCGGGAAUCGAACCGGGGUCGCCGGUGGUGGUGGAUUACAGGGUGGACCCUGGACGAGCGCAGUCCUUCUAUCCGGCCAUUCGACGUUACUACCCCGCCCUGCCAGACGGCGCACUGCAGCCCGCGUACAGCGGUGUACGGCCGAAACUGUCGGGGCCUGGCGAGCCGCCUGCGGAUUUCUUGGUGCAGGGCGCUCGCUGGAGCACCGGCGCUGAAGAAGGCCCAUCAGGAAACAUGGCGCGCCACUCCCAGCAUAGCCUCCUCCAGAGCUCCUGUCUAGACUACGCGCCCGGGAAAUGUAUCCCAGGCCUGACCACAAUUGGCAGCUGCGGGUCCCGUCUGCGGACCUCAGUCCGUGCAGCUGCGGUCAACGCGGCCGGAUCGGGGUCAGCGCAAUCGGGCCAGGCGUCGAAGAAGAAGCCGCAGAAGCAGCCACAGCAACAGCAACAGCAGGCGCAAAAGCAGCCUGCAGCGGCGGGCUCAGGGGCUGUGGCCGAUGCGCCUGCCGCCCCCGCGCUGCCUCCGCCGCCGCAGCCAGCCAGCGCAGCCCGCUAUUCCCCGCUCCACUACAACAUUGAAGAUUUCUGCACCAAGGUCGUCCCAACAGAGGGCGAGAAGCGGCAGCGUAUGGAGGUCAUCGACGCCAUUCGCGCCGGUGUGCGCAAGGUCUGGCCCAACUCCCGGCAGGUGGAGCUUCAGGUGUUUGGCAGCUUUGCGAAUGGGCUGUCCACUUGGAGCAGCGAUUUGGAUCUGGUGGUUACCGGAGUGAUGGAGCCGGAUAGGGUGUCGGGAGGAUACGAACUCGCGGACCGUGCCAAGAUCACAGCCCGGCUGCGAAAGAUUGCUGACGCGCUCAAUCGCGCCAAAAAUAUUGACAUCCUCCGUCAGCAGCUCAUACCUCGCGCCAGAAUACCUAUUCUCAAGUUGUGGACCAAGAGCCGCGUGUGUGUGGAUGUGAGUGUCAGUGACGACAGCGGUCCGCGGGCGGCGCGGUACAUGGUGCAGCAAUGCAGGGCCUUCCCGCCGGUGAAGCCGCUGGUUCUGGUGGUGAAGACGUACUUGAAGGCCUGCCGUCUGAACGAGGUCAACACCGGCGGGCUGUCCAGCUACAGCCUCACCAACAUGGUCAUUGCACACCUGCAGGAGGAACUCAAGUCCGGUCAUGAUAUCAGCGACCUGGGCGAGACGCUCUACACCUUCCUUUUGCGCUACGGGGAGGAGCACGACUACGGCGCACAGGCGGUGUCUGUGGGUAGCGGCGGCAUCGUGCCCAAGAUGUCCCUGGGCUAUGCCAUGGAGUCCGCCCGCCAGGCCGCUGUCUCCAUGAGCUCGUAUGAUGGCGCCGUGAGCUGGAAUGAGCGGCUGUUUGUGGACUGCCCGCUCACAGGUCGCGAUGUGAGCAACGGCACCUACCGCAUCGACCUGGUGAAGGGCGCCUUCCAGCAGGCUGCUCGCCGCCUGGAGGCCAUGGCGCAGGGCCGGCGAAUCACCGAUACAUCCAUCAACUAUCUGCAGGCUUUGUUUGACGUCAGCCGUGUGUUGAAGCGCUCGUACCCUGACCCGCAAGAGCCGUACGAGGACGAGUACCUCAAAGUCAUCGGGCGCAAUGGAGACGAGGAGGAGCGCGAGGAGCUCGCCGUGGGUGGCGGCACCGACACAGACGUGGACGGGGAUCGGUACGGCAAUGAGGACGGCGAUGACCUGGACGGGGAUUACCUGGAACGCAGUCCCACCACUGCCGGAGCACAACACAGGCGGUGA